CUUCUCACAGACAUUUUCACAAACACGCGGAGUUCGAGACGCACAGCAAGACAAAUCCUAUCUUAGACUUUUUCUCCUUGUUAAUGAAUUUCCACCAGAUGGAGUUCUCUCUCUCCCUCUUUCUAUCUCUCAAUCUAGGGUCAAUUCCAUAUAUAUCAAACAGGCAGAGGGUUUCAAGUUUCACCUACCAAAUUCCUGAUUAUUCUAGGGCUAAAACGUAACAAUGCAGAAGAAUCACAUACCAGAGCCGAACGAGAAGAGGCGGAAGUUCUUGAUCAACGACAAUCUCGACAUUCUUAUCGAAAUCCUCAAGCGGCUGGACGGACCAUCGCUCGGCGUCGCGACCUGCGUCUGUCGGCUCUGGUGCACCAUCGCUCGAAGUGAAUCGGUGUGGGAACAGGUCUGCUUCCGGCACGUAACAUCGCCGCUUCCGGCGUCUGUGAAAUCGGUGGUGGUCGCCUUGGGAGGGUACAAGCGGCUGUACAUGGUGAGCAUACGGCCGGUGCUGAGUCGACUCGGCUACUCAGACCUAAUGAGGCGAGUUUGGACUCAGAACGAAGUUCAACUUUCACUGUCUCUGUUCUGCGUGGAUUACUACGAGCGGCUCACCGGAAAUGGAAGACUCGGCGGCGGCGGCGGCGGCGAUGCGUCCGCAUUGUCACUCAUGUUCCUCUGCAACACCGUCAACGUCUGAUUGAUUUCAAUGACUUUUUCCGACACUUUCGCCGGCGUCAGAACGGUAGACCAAUCCAUAUAAGAAACCAAGCUGGCUCCGGUGAUCUUUUGUCAGAAGGAUUAAGAAUAGCUUUAGCCUGGUAUGAUUAUGAUUAUUAUUCCAAUUAUACAUCGAUUUUAAUAAAUAA